CGCUCGAGACUCUCCACGGGGACGUACAGCAGCUCCGCGCGCCGCACGCACACGCACACAUACGCAAACACGCGCGCAUACACAAAACGCACGCGCGCGUACGGACGCACGCGCACAGGUAUAGCUGGGCAGCCGGAGGGAACACCUGAGCUCCACGGAUGAGUCUCUCGCGCGCUCCCCGGACAGCUGAGCUCCAGCUCCAAUCCAGACACAGCAGAGAGCGCGCGGGACGGUGUGUGUGAGAGAGUAAGCGCGCGGGACGGUGUGUGUGAGAGAGUGAGCGCGCGGGACAGUGAGUGUGAGAGAGUGAGCGCGCGGGACAGUGAGUGUGAGAGAGUGAGCGCGCGGGACAGUGUGUGUGAGUGAGUGUGUAUUGGGAACACUGGUCAGGAUGGCACCGCGCGCUCUGCGCCUCCUCGCGCUGUGGAUGGUGGUCUCGAGUCUCGCGCUCAGGGCAGAUUCAAAUGAGAUUUUGGGGCUGAAGAUACCCUUUGACCCCAUCCUGAACGCGAACACGGUGUGUCUCACGCUGCCGGGGUUAACACGGAAGCAGCUGGACGUGUGCAUGAGGAACCCAGACGUCACGGCUUCCGCCAUCCAGGGCAUCCAGAUCGCCAUCCACGAGUGCCAACACCAGUUCAGGGGGCAUCGCUGGAACUGCUCCAGCUUAGAGACCAGGAACAAGAUCCCCUACGAGAACGUCAUCUUCAGCAAGGGUUUCAGAGAGAGUGCGUUUGCGUACGCCAUCGCGGCGGCGGGCGUGGUGCACGCCGUGUCGAACGCCUGCUCGAUGGGGAAGCUGAAGGCGUGCGGAUGUGAUGAGAAGCGGCGAGGAGACGAGGAGGCGUUCAGGGUUAAACUGAACCGCCUGCAGCUGGAGGCCAUUAACCGGGGGAAGGGGAUGGUGCACGGCGUGAUGGAGCACUUCCCCUCAGAACCGCUCGGACCGCAGGACUCGUGGGAGUGGGGCGGCUGCAGCCCCAACGUGGAGUUCGGAGAACGCUUCUCCAAGGAGUUCCUGGACUCCAGGGAAACCUACAGGGACAUGCACGCCAGGAUGAGACUCCAUAACAACAGGGUGGGACGACAGAUUGUGGUGGACCACAUGAGGAGGAAAUGCAAAUGCCACGGAACAUCAGGCAGCUGCCAGCUGAAGACCUGCUGGCAGGUGACGCCGGAGUUCCGGGUGGUGGGGUCUCUGCUGAAGGAACGUUUUAAUCUGGCAACCCUGGUCAAACCCCACAACCGCAACACGGGGCAGGUGGAGCAGGCGCACCCGUCCCACCGCCGGCGGGCCAACGUCCACGACCUCAUCUACUUCGAGAAGUCUCCGGACUUCUGCGAGCGGGACCCCGGCUCGGACUCGGACGGGACGCACGGGCGCAUCUGCAACAAGACCAGCCAGGACAUGGACAACUGCAGGAGCCUCUGCUGCGGCCGCGGACACAACAUCCAGCAGCAGACGCGCAGCGAGCGCUGCAACUGCAAGUUCCACUGGUGCUGCUACGUGGUGUGCGAGGAGUGCAGGAUAACGGAGUGGGUCAGCGUAUGCAAAUGAGCUGGGAAAAAACACAAAAACCAAAAACACUCUAUUAAAAAACAAAAAAAAAACGAUAUAAAUAUAUAAAUAAAUAUAUAUAUCUCUAUAUUAAAAAAAAAACUAAAACGUAUAGGGACGUUUUAAUGACGGGGAGAGACGGAGAGAGUCUUCCCGUUUUUUGCGCGAUUUAUAUUUUUUGCGAUGGACUGCCGCCGUGCUGUUCCCAGAAGCUCCAUGGAAAAAAAAAAACAGAAUCCAGGAAAAGAGACUUUAAAUAAAGAGAGAGUUUAAAGAGAGAGAGAGACUCACCUGUAGCUCUCGGACUCACCUGUGCACUCCCACACGUCCAGCAGCAGCAGCAGCAGCAGCAUCACUACAAACCAAAUACAGAGACAGAACGUUCAGACUUGCACUGCGUGUCUUUUCUGAAAGUAUCUUUUAUUUUUCAUUUUAAAUUAAAGAUUAACUUAAAA